CCCAUGGCAGUUGUAGUAUUCCUCCUCCUGUUCUUGCAUGGGCACCCCCAGGCUGCUGCAGACAGCAUCCAGACCAUCUAUGUAGCCUCAGGGGAGUCAGUGGAGAUGCCGUGUCCUUCACCCCCCUCCCUACUUGGGGGUCAGCUCCUAACCUGGUUCCGCAGCCCUGUACCAGGUUCCUCCACCAUCUUGGUGGCCCAGGUCCAAGUAGACAGGCCUGUCUCAGACCUUGGGAAACAUGAACCUGAUUCCAGGUUCAAACUCCUCGGAAAUUAUUCCCUCUUGCUGGAGGGGUCCAGAGAUGAAGACGCUGGACGGUACUGGUGUACUGUGAUGGACCAGAACCACAAGUACCAGAACUGGAGGGUGUAUGAUGUUUCUGUGCUCAAAGGAUCCCAGUUCUCUGUGAAGUCUCCAGAUGGCCUCUCUUGUUCAGCCCUCCUGUGCUCUGUGGUCCCUGCCAGGCGUCUGGACUCGGUGACCUGGUUAGAAGGAAGGAAUCCCGUGAGAGGACCUGCUCAGUACUUCUGGGGAGAAGGGGCUGCCCUGCUCUUGGUGUGUCCUAUAGAGGGGGUUUCUGAGACCAGGGGCCGCAGGCCAAGGAACAUCCGCUGCCUUAUGCCUCAAAACAAAAGAUUCAGCUUUAGCCUGGCAGCUUCCGCAGAACCUUCUCCCACUGUUUGUGCCCCUCUGCCGAGCUGGGAUGUGCCCUGGGUACUGGUGCUGUUGUUCACAGUAGGCCAAGGGGUCACCAUCAUAGCCCUCGGCAUAGUGAUCUGGAGGCAGCGGAGGACCCAGGGGUCUCAGGACAGAGAACCUUCAAUUCCUCAUUUCAAACCUGAAGUCCAGGUCUAUGAGAACAUCCACUUGGCCCACCUAAGCCCACCCACCCACAAGACCAGGUGA